CCUCUUCUUUUCCUCUCUUCACUCUCUCUUUCUUUUCCUAAAAAUGGAGGACGCGUUCGAAGGCGCUGUUGGUAUCGACCUUGGAACCACCUACUCGUGUGUCGGUGUCUGGCAAAACGACCGUGUCGAGAUCAUUGCCAAUGACCAGGGUAAUCGGACAACGCCCUCCUACGUCGCUUUCUCCUCUGAGGAGCGCCUCAUUGGUGAUGCCGCUAAGAAUCAGGCCGCCAUGAACCCCCGCAACACGGUCUUCGACGCUAAGCGUCUCAUUGGUCGUCGUUACGACGACCCGGACGUCAAGAAGGACAUGACUCAUUGGCCCUUCGAGGUUGUCGAGAAGGAUGGUGCUCCGCUCAUCAAGGUUCAGUACCUUGGUGAGGAGAAGUCCUUUUCUCCUCAGGAAAUCUCUUCCAUGGUCCUCACGAAAAUGAAGGAAAUUUCUGAGGCGAAGUUGGGCAAGGAGGUUAAGAAGGCUGUAGUCACUGUUCCUGCCUACUUCAAUGACUCGCAGCGUCUUGCCACGAAGGACGCAGGUGCCAUUUCCGGCCUCGAGGUCCUCCGUAUCAUCAACGAGCCCACUGCGGCUGCUAUUGCUUACGGUCUUGACCAGAAGUCGGCCCAGGAGAAGCAUGUCCUAAUCUUCGAUCUUGGUGGUGGUACCUUCGAUGUCUCCCUCCUCAGUAUCACUGGUGGUGUUUUCGCCGUCAAGGCUACCGCUGGUGAUACUCACUUGGGUGGUGAGGACUUCGACAACAACCUUCUUGAGCACUUCAAGAAAGAAUUCCACAAGAAGACUAGUCACGAUAUCUCUGAGGAUCCCCGUGCCAUCCGUCGUCUUCGCUCCGCCUGCGAGCGUGCCAAGCGCACCCUGUCCAGCGUCACUCAGACUACCGUUGAGGUUGACUCACUCUUCCAAGGUGAAGACUUCUCUGCAAACAUAACUCGUGCUCGUUUCGAGGAGAUCAAUGCCACUCUCUUCAAGUCCACCGUCGACCCUGUUGAGCGAGUCCUGAAGGAUGCUAAGAUGGCGCGCGACAAGGUCGACGACAUCGUCCUUGUUGGUGGUUCGACUCGUAUCCCAAAGAUCCAGUCGCUUGUCUCGGAGUAUUUUGGUGGACGCCAGCUCAACAAGUCUAUCAAUCCGGAUGAGGCUGUUGCUUACGGUGCUGCCGUCCAGGCUGCCGUGCUCACUGGUCAGACCUCUGACAAGACCGCCGACCUCCUCCUUCUUGAUGUCGCUCCCCUUUCCCUUGGUGUCGCCAUGCAGGGUGACAUCUUCGGUGUCGUCGUUCCCCGUAAUACCCCCAUUCCCACCAACAAGUCUCGUGUCUUCACCACUGUCGAGGACAACCAGACGACUGUUACCUUCCCCGUCUACGAGGGUGAGCGCACCCAGUGCCGUGAUAAUCGUCUCCUUGGCGAGUUCGAGCUCACGGGCAUUCCCCCCAUGCCCCGUGGUCAAGCCGAGCUUGCUACUACCUUCGAGGUCGAUGCCAACGGUCUCCUCAAGGUCACCGCUCAGGACCGUGCCUCUGGCCGCAAGGCUCAGAUCAGCAUCACCAACUCUGUCGGCCGUCUUUCGUCCGCAGAGAUUGAGCAGAUGAUCAAGGAUGCUGAGCAGUUCAAGCAGGCCGACAAGGAUUUCUCCGCUCGCCACGAGGCGAAGUCUGACCUCGAGGCCUACAUUCACCAGGUCGAGAACACCAUCACCAGCCCUGAGCUCUCCAUGAAGCUCAGGCGUGGUGCCAAGGCCCAGGUUGAGGCUGAACUCGCCCGUGCUCUCGAGAAGCUUGAGAUCGAGGACUCGAGCUCUGAUGAGCUCAGGAAGGCGCAGCUGGGCAUCAAGCGUGCUCUCCAAAAAGCGACUGCCGGUAUCUCCCGGUAGAAUGCUGACCGUGUUGUGUUGCAUUGUUGUAGUCCCUUGCUCGCUCUUCGUCUCUUGUUGUGCUGUUGUCUUUGAUUCGGCUUGAAACAUUCUUUAUUCCCUGUACGAAUUGUAACACAUGAAUCAGACGGAUGAAAAAACC